AUGAUAACCACCACAGCUUCUCAAAUCCUCCACCACGCCACUGCCUUUCUCCUCGAAACUCUCUCCCAAUCUGACCACCGACACCACCUUUUCUCCACUCUCCGCCGCAGAGCCCCAUCAUCCAACGCCACCUUCAAACCCCUAAAUUUAGCGUUUGAAACUCUUGAAAGAGCCAUCUCUAACACCAAUCCUUCCAUUCGAUCAUCUUCUCUGCGUCUCACCGAAAAGGUUCUCCUCUCAUGUCCGGAUUCCCUUUAUUCCUCUUUCCUUCUCUCCCUCAUCCACACCCUCAACCACCGGCCGACCAAUGCCUCCAUUAGUCUCCUUAACAUCUUCCAUCUAGACCCUUCAUUGGCUCGAUCAGAGAUUGCUCCUGUUAUUUUUGAGGAACUGUAUUUAGUCCAUCUUUUGCCAGUUCUUCAAUGGUUUGAUGAGAAAAGAUCAAGGAUUUUGUCGUCUUUAACAAUGAAUGCGGGUUAUGAUAGUGAUGAAAAUUCAAUAGGGGAUGUUUCAAUUGUCGCUCCUUGUACAAAGUUGUUAUCAAAUAUAAGUGGAGAUCAAGCCUUGGAGUUGAAGGAGUUAGAAAGCAUAUACGAGGAGGUUCUUGAUGAGAAUUGCAAAGUUUUUGCUAAGUAUUUUAAGGACGUUUUAACUAAUGGUGAUGAGAAUAAACUGAUUACGCCACCGUCGGUGAUCUUGAAAGAGUUGGGAAAAGUUGAUAAAUCUGAUGCAAGUGAAGAAAUUAUCAAAAUAGAGGAACUCGGACUGCAGAAUGGACGGUACAAUCCAAUAUGGACUGAAGGAGAGAGAUCUGUUGAAUUCCUUAGCUUGAGUGGGAGUAGCAAAUACAGAUCCUCAUCACCGUCCUAUCCUCAAAGGGUCUCUCCAGAGACCAUGAAAAAUAAUAGCUCUAUGAGGUUGAUAACAUUUCCCACUUCAUUAAAUUCUGAUUCUGAGCCUGAGUUUUGUUUAGACGACAAUUUGGCCUUUUCUGCUGCUUCUUCUUCUUCUUGUUCGGAAUCUGAAGCCGAAAUUGAGGAAAACAACAGAAAAAUGGCAUUGUUUGAGCCUAGACAAAGCGAAACCCAAAAACAAAAGCAGCCUACUGAUGCAGAUUCCAGUAGCACUUCUCCAGAUCAUCUAAUGGCCGUCACAGAUAACCCGCCUGGGGGUGGAAAACAUGCCCCUCCCAAGGACUUCGUCUGUCCAAUAACUAGUCAUGUAUUUGAUGAUCCAGUGACUCUUGAGACAGGACAGACUUAUGAACGUAGGGCGAUCCAAGAAUGGCUUGAAAGAGGAAACUCAACAUGCCCCAUCACACGGCAGAAGUUGAAUAGCACCCAACUGCCUAAAACAAACUACGUGCUCAAAAGGCUUAUAGCAAGCUGGAAAGAGCAGAAUCCUGCAGAUUUGGUCUCCAUCCAAUCAGAAAAUCCACUGAAGAAUACAGAGGCAAGCUUCAAGUCGAAAGAAAUUCCUUCGAAUACUUCACCAAAUAGUGUCAUUAUCCAGGCCUCCAUUGAUGGCUCAAUCAGUGAGCUGAGACAUGCCAUUACCAAUCUUUGUAUGUCAGAAAUAUUGAAUGAGUCCGAAAUGGCUGUCCUUCGAAUAGAGAGAUUUUGGCUGGAAAGAAAUAUGGAAUUCGAGAUUCUAAGUAUGCUUUCCAAACCUCCCAUUAUCAACGGAUUUGUGGAGAUGCUUCUCAAUUCUGUUGAUCCUCUUGUACUGAAAGCAACAGUUUUUCUUCUGUCUGAGUUGGGUUCGAGAGACAAAGGGGUAGUCUAUACACUUACAAGAGUUGAUUCUGAUGUGGACUGUAUUGUGGCUCUCUUCAAGAAGGGUUUGCUGGAGGCUGUUGUUUUGAUAUAUCUGUUAAGGCCCUCUACCAUGAGCCUCCUAGAGAUGGACAUGGUUGAAUCCCUCUUAACAGUCAUUAGGAAGAAAGAGGAUGUUAUGUUUAAGAUGUGUCUGAAGCCAAAAACAGCAUCCGUUCUUUUAUUGGGACAGAUCCUUGGUAACAGUGAAGAGAGUAUCAUUUCUUCAAUUUCCAAUGCCAUUAUUUCAACUAAAGUGAUCGAAAGUAUUAUUGCCAGCUUGCAAGCUGAGCAGACAGAGGAGAGGAUUGCAGCAGUUGGGGUAUUAUUGAAAUGCAUGCAGGAGGAUGGGAAAUGCAGAAACACCAUCGCUGAUAAAGCUGAGUUAGGUCCUGUUUUGGAGAGCUUCAUGACUGCAAGUGAUGGUGAGAGGUUUGAGAUAGUUCACUUCCUAUAUGAAUUAGUCAAAUUAAACAGGAGGACAUUCAAUGAGCAAAUUCUUCACAUCAUUAAGGAUGAAGGGGCUUUUAGUACGAUGCACAUCUUCCUAAAUUAUUUACAGGUUGCUCUCCCAGAUCAAUCUCCUGUAGUGGCUGGUCUCCUACUCCAACUUGAUCUUCUGGCUGAGCCGAGAAAGAUGAGUAUAUAUCGUGAAGAGGCAAUAGAGACCCUCAUUUCAAGCCUCAGGAAUUCUGAAUUGCCUGCUGCUCAAAUAGCUGCUGCAGAGACAAUUGUAUCAUUGCAAGGAAGGUUUACUGUCUCUGGAAAGUCCCUAACCCAAGCUUUGCUUCUGAAACAUGCUGGACUCGAGAAAAAUUACAAAAAUCUUAUGCGAAUGGAGCAACUUGGCAACCUUUCUGGAGAAAUUGAAGAAAACUUGGAAGAAGAGAGGGCAGCUGAUGAAUGGGAAAGAAAAAUGGCCUUUGCUCUAGUAAGCCAUGAGUUUGGUCUCCUCUUUGAAGCUUUAGCAGAAGGCUUGAGGAGUAGAUGCACAGAGUUAUGUUCAGCAAGCUUUGUGUCAGCAACAUGGCUUGUACAUAUGCUUGGCACUCUUCCAGACACGGGGAUACGAGCAGCAGCUCGAGUUUGCUUUCUCAAGCUCCUCAUUGAAAUAUUCAAGUCAUCAAAGGACAUCGAAGACAAAGUCCUUGCAUUGCUGGCCCUAAACAGCUUCAUAAAGGAUCCUGAGGGAGUGCAUGACCUUACUUCAUCCAUGAAGAAUAUUAAGAAAGAUCUGAGAGAGCUUAGAAAAUCCUCAUCCUUAGCAUUCGAAAUUCUGAAAGUUCUCUCAGCAGGCCAUGACUCUAGUACUGUUGAAUUAUGGACUCAUAAUGAAAUAGCUCAAGCGGAUUGCAGUGAGAAUGGAGAAGUGCUUUCAAUUACUUGCUUCAAAGACAAGAUAUUUUCUGGACAUUCAGAUGGAACUAUAAAGGUUUGGACUGGUAAAGGUAGCAUUCUUCAUCUCAUCCAAGAAACUCGAGAACAUACCAAGGGAGUCACCAGCUUGGCAGUUCUACAAUCAGGAGAAAAAUUAUACAGUGGUUCUUUGGAUAAAACUGCUAGGGUCUGGUCUAUUGGCAACGAUUCUUUGCAUUGUGCACAAGUACAUGAUAUGAAGGACCAGGUUCAUAAUCUAGUAGUAGCCAAUAGCAUUUCGUGCUUCAUUCCACAAGGAGCUGGUGUCAAGGUAAACUCAUGGAAUGGAGGGUCCAAACUAUUGAAUCCGCAUAAAUAUGUUAAGUGCUUGUCUCUAGUACAUGGAAAAUUAUACUGCGGAUGCCAGGACAGUAGCAUUCAGGAAAUUGAUUUAGCUACAGGAACACUUGUUACCAUUCAACAUGGAUCUAGAAAAUUGCUAGGAAAAGCAAAUCCAAUCCAUGCCAUUCAAGUGCAAAAUGGACAGAUUUAUUCAGCCAGCUCAGCCUUAGAUGGAUCAGCUGUGAAGAUUUGGAAUACAUCCAAUUAUGAUCUUGUGGGCUCAGUGCCAUCUACACUUAAAGUGCGGUCCAUGGCCAUAAGCUCAGAUCUUAUAUAUUUGGGAUGUAAAGCAGGAAAUGUAGAGAUUUGGAAUAGAAAGAAACAAAAUAGAGUUGAAAUGUUACAAACAGGUAUAAAUGGUAAAGUUGUUUGUAUGGCCCUGGAUGGUAAUGAAGAAGUGUUGGUGAUUGGAACUUCAACUGGCCUCAUUCAGGCAUGGGGUCUUAGCUAG